AGCGGCUCGCGUGACUCCCUUGCGCCGUCAUGUGUGCGCUGCUGCCUGCGUGGACGUGUCUGCUGCUCGGCCUCCUGCCCCUGGAGACCCAAACCCGGUCGCCGCUGAGCCAUCACAGCCUCCAGACUAGCAGACACAAGUCACCCAGAUCAUCCAAACACGUGUCGCCUUCUUUCACAAUGCCACCUACGUCCCACCAGUCUGUUGCCCUUGACAACAGCAUCACCCUGGGGGAGAGCACUUUCAUCUGGAGAGUCCUCCUAAAGAAGGGCCCGCCGCCAAGGUUCCUCGAACUGGAGGAGGAAAUGUGGCCGGGCGCACGCGGUCGGUCCCGAGGACGCCGCCACGCCGGCGGCCGAAGGGCCCACGGGCAUCUGAUGAGGGCGGGCUGCGUCCUGGGCACCUGUCAGGUGCAGAACCUCAGCCACCGUCUUUACCAGCUGAUUGGACGCAGCGGCAGGGAAGACUCCUCCCCAGUCAACCCUCGCAGUCCCCACAGCUACGGCUGAUGCUUGGAUUUACUUUAUUUCAUUAUUAAUUUGCAGUUCAUCCUCAAGUAUCACCUGAAAAGUAAUCCCUACUUUUUGAGUGGUGUACAUUAUUGAAAUAUCAUCUAGUCUAACGAGGCGAAUAGCACAAGCAUUUAGAUGAUGGAUGGAUUUCAUGCAACUAAUGAUGACGAUUUUGUGUUUUAGUGAAUUUAUCAUUUGGUAGAGGUCAGGGGCGGGCAUACACCUGGCUACAUUCCUUAUUCCGGCUCACAUUAAAAGUCCUUUAUUAUUUGUUGUAUUAAUACACAGAGUAGUUUUUACUUCAAAUCAGUUUCAUAAAUUGUAAUGAUUAUAAUUUGUAAUUAUAUCAUUAAACUAUAAGAAAUAUUCUUCACCAACUUUACAUUUAAAUGUAAACUAAUUCUUAUAAUUAAAAUAUAUGUAAAUUAUAUUAUUAAAACUAUUUUAAUGUUCAUUGUAUUAAUGAUUUUAAAUAUAUUUCUUUGAAACCAAGUAACCUGAUUUAAUCUGCGAUGUAUUUAUUUAUUUAUUGUGUAACCUGGCUCAAUAGUUAAUUUUACAAAUCAAAUGUGACUCUUGAGCAUCAAUGUUUGCCCACCCAUGAUUUACUUGCCUGUCCAAUAAAAUACAGGAUGUGUACAGUAUUAGCAUGUAGAUCUUCACAAUUAAUUUCUGUUCUUCUUCACUCCUGUCAGGGUCAGUAAAGCAUAUUUGACGAUACCACUAGGGGAACAUUUUUGUUGUUUUUGUGAGAGUAAGACAAAUUUUGCUGUCUUGAAAGAUUUAUAUUAUUAAUAAGUAAAUAAAAAGUCUGUCAACUACCACACACGGCAAUCUCCCCCCCCAACACACUGGUUGGCCACGUCUCCACUUAAUCCCGAUUUCAAGCAGACUUUAAAGUAAAUUCCUUGAUCCACACAACCUUAUCCAUAACUGUGGCAAAAUUGUUCUUCCCUGGCCCACGUGCCAACUAAAAGGAAUCCAACUGUACAACCUGACCACUAUGCGAGUGAACUGUAAGCCCGAAAUGUUGUUCUUUGGCCCAUGUGACAACCAGCAAAAUAACUGGGAUCAAAACAUUUUCCCUGCUUUGGCAGUUUUGAAACUGACAUUGACCUACAUUAUAACAACCAGACCACACACACAAACACAAAAGGAUUAGAUAAUCAGCCAAAAGAACCGCCCAUGUACUUACCACCAAUCAGAGCCCCCUUCCUUAAUGAUUUUUCUUGGCCUUCGAAUUGUACGCAUUUGAGCUGUUUUAAUUCUAGUAUAUAAGAUGAUUCACUUGCUAUUUGAGAUGAAGCGCUUUAAAGGAAGUCCUCCAUUGGGCCCCAUAUUGACUUUGACUUUUAAAGCAUUGUUAUUUAACUUUAGGGCCGAAAUUGACAUUUAACUUGUGGUGGUGGUGGGCAAGGCAGUGAAGUGGGGUGCUGUGCUUUUUCAGACAUGCAUUAAAAACAAUCUAGUCAUACAAAGCUUUAUGAACUAUGCAUUUUGGCAUUUUUAUCAUGGAAUCCUGAUUUUUACAAGGAAAUCGUAAAUUUCAUUUAGGAUGAGAGUUUUUUUUUUUUAAUAAACAAAUAAAUAGAACACACGGCAUGGUGGAUCCGUUGGUAAAGCGUUGGCCUCAGUUCUGAGGACCCGGGUUCAAUCCCGGACCUGCCUGUGUGGAGUUUGCAUGUACUCCCUGUGCCUGUGUGUGUUUCCUCCCACAUACCAAAAACAUUCAACUUUAAUUGGACACUUAAUUGCCCCUAAGUGUAAUUGUAAGUGCGGCUGUUUGUCUCUAUGUGCCCUGCAAUUGGCUGGCAACCAGUUCAGGGUGUACCCCACCUCCUGCCUGUUGACAAGCUGGGAUAGGCUCCAGCACCCCCCGUGACCCUUGUGAGGAUAAGCAGCUAAGAAAAUAGAUAGAUGGAUAAAUACAACACAAAAAUUAAUACCAUUGGCUGGUGACCAGUUCAUGGUGUACCCCGCCUUCUGCCCGAAGAUAGCCGGGAUAGGCUCCACAGCACCCACGACGCUUGUGCGGAUGAGCAGCUUGAAAAUGGGUGGAUGAAAGAUGGAGGACAAACUUGAACAACACCCACUCUUGAAA